AUGACAACGCUGUCAUCACAAGUGUAUUACUCUAAUUUUUCAACAUCUGUUGUUCCCUCUAGCAGCAGUGAACUUCAUGUUGUAUCUACAGAACCUCUAUCACACUCGAGUUCUCCUGACGUGGUGUCUGUAUAUUCUGAAUCUUAUUAUUCAGGUACUAGUGUUGGAAAACCAUCAUUAUCCAGUAUAUUGGAGCUAGAUUCUUUGAGCUCUGUCGUUACAUCAAGUGACCUUGAUACGCCAUUGGCGGUGACAAGUGUCAGUGAUUCAUCAGUGGCAUCUAGUUCUCAAGUUUCGUCUUUUCCAAAGAGUACGUUACAAUCGUCGCUACAUUCUAAUAAUACUUCCAAUGAAAUAUCUCUCUCAACUUUAACACAUUUACCUACAUCGACUGAAGUUUUGUCCUCUAAUACUAUGAUUAACACAUAUGACGUCGAUGCUGAGAACCGAAGCAAGGGAACUAGUUCUACUAAAUCUUUUGAAACUAGUUCUACCAGAUCUGUAGAAACCUCUUCUAACAAUGUAAUUGUCUCUGAUGUCGAUAAUGGAUACUCUACUGAGGGAGAAAUUUCUAUUGAGUCUGCUCAAACCAGUACCACUAUACCAGUUAGAACUUCCUCUAAUACUAUGAUCAACUCAUACGACGUCGAUGCUGAGUAUCAAAGUAAGGAAACUAGUUCUACCAAAUCUUUUAAAACCAAUUCUACCAGACCUGCAGAAAUCUCCUCUAACAACUCGAUUACCUCUGAUGUUGCCAAUGCUGGUCACUCUACUGACGGAAAAAUUUCUAUUAAACCAGUUAAAACUUCUAGUACAUCAACUGGUAUCAAGAGUACUACCAGUAUCAACACUGAUGUCAGCUAUCAAACAGCUAUUAAUUUGAAAUCAGAUCAACAAACUAAAACAACUUCUGCUUUACCUGUGACUACUGUAAUAACCACAAUAACCAAUGGCAGUACAACAGAAAUCACAUUAACUUGUACUAAAACUAUCUGUUCUAAUGACAAGACAACAAUUACUGACAUGGGGUCUAAGACAUCUGAAGUAGCCGAAAAUUCUACUGUUGUAUACACAUCAUUAGUUACUACAACUAUCGAUGGUGUUCCAAAUGUUGUUACAAAAACUUUCACUACAUGCCCUGAUCAUUCAUCUACUACUGUAACUGAUACUAAAUCACCUGUUUCGAUAUACACAACCUCAGUAAAUGGUGUCCUCUCCACUGUGACAGUGACAGUUGAAUGUACCAAAGACGUCUGUACUUCAAAGACUUUGACACCAACUCAAAGCCUAGCAGGUGUUCAGGCUACUUUGACUUCAAAACACGUUGGUCAACAAACAACAGCCGCUGCUGUUGAUGCUGAAGGAAUUUCAACAUCUCUAUUAACCACCGUUAUUAACAAAAGUACAACUACUGUAGUCGUAACCUGCACAAAGGAUGUCUGUCACAAACCAUCAGAAACAGCCACAUCCAAUAUCGCAGAUACUGAAUUCACCAAGACAACUGCCAAGACAGCGGCCCCUUCAUCAUCCCAAACUAAAACCAUAACGAAUCAAACAAAUGGGUUGACUUCGAGUAUCACUACCAAAACAAACUAUCCAACAUUGUCCUCAUCAAUAGCAGCAGUUUCUGCUGGUGGUGUCACAACUGGCUCUACAAGUAUUUCUCAAUCUACUAAUUCUAAUACGCAAACUAUUUCAGCCUUUGAAGGCGGGUCUAGCAGAGCCACUGCUACCUGGUUCUGUAUAUUAUUAACAGUAUUAGUCAGCUUCUUGUAA